AUGCAACCACCACCGCCGGCCCGCAAACGAAACACCGUCCCCGUCUGCCUCGUCGUCCCCGCUGGAGAACCCCUCGUCGAGCAGUACUCGGCGCAGGUCAUCUCAGCCCUGCAAUCGCUCCAUCCCCAUGCCCAGCUCCUCAUCUCCUGCGUCGUUCCCUCGGCCCACGCUCUUCCCCUAAACCCGUUCCUUUCGCCAGAAGCUUUCCUCUCGGCUCUCCCGACCUAUGUCCGACAUUCCAACCGAUCUUCGACGUCUCUAUGGCGGUCGUCGACAGGUCUGCUACGGGCGAUACGGCUGGCGCGGCGAAGAUUGGUCGAGGGGUCGCUCGCAGGCGCGGGAGGGGAAGGUAGGGCGCAGCUGCCCAAGUACGUCGUGGUCAUUACGGCGGAUGACAUUGAGAACAUGGGCGGCGACGAGGUGUGGCUAGAAGACGAUGAUCAGGGCGAGACGUGGGAGUCGUUCGCGAAGAACUUUACGCGGGGCCCACAUUGCACGACCCUCUUCUCGCUCAUCUCGUUCAGCUACACUCCCAAUCUCGAGGCGUUUUGGAAGGAGUCCUCCGGCCGCUUCCCCGCCAACCUCGUCUACAACUCGCUCAGUCCCCCGCUCAACACCGCCUUCUCCUUCCCCCUCCUUUCACCCUCGCACGCCUGUUUCCUCAUCGGCUUCUACAACAACGAUGCUCGCCCGCCUCUCGCUUCACAGCCUUCCAGCGGCAGUCCCUCCCCUGCCAACACCGCAAAACGACCUGCGCCGCCUGAUGCGACAGCUGCGAACAAGAAGGCGAAGCCUAAUCCUCCCAUAUCGGCCUCCCCUCAGCUCCCCUCCGCCAAGCCAAUACCGACUCCGCCAAAUCCUUCUCGUACUUCCGUACAAGCAGCAGCAUCGCUCCAAUCUUCGCCUCCUCUCGCCGCCAAACCCUCACCCAACCCCGCCCUUUCCCACCUCCCGCCGAACGUCAACAUGGAGAAUGUCGAGCAUUUCAUCGAGGAGGUGAAAGCUGCCGCCGCUCGCGCCGGCAAGCCUCCACCGUCUGCGGCAGACUUGCAAGCUAUCGCGCUCGCCGCGUACAACAACGUGAAGAACGUGACUCGCCAGACUCCCAGCUCGGCCUCGACCGCUCCCUCUACCGUUACUCCUGCCACGACCGCUCCGUCUCAAGCACCCUCGACGACCAACACCACCCCGCGCGCGACACCGACACAGUUCCCGCCUGUGAACCAGAUGACCCGCGCGCAAAUCGACGCGUUGCCGCAAAUUCCAGUCGACAUGCGUGCGAAAAUCGAGGCGACGCUCGAGGGGAUCAGGAGGAAGGUUGAGAGGGGCCAGUUGACGCAGGAGCAGGCGCAUAUGCAGGUUAAGCAGUUGCAAGAGUUGGCGAAUCAACAACGACUGCGUCUCGCACAGCACCAAGCCGCCUCCGAGCAUGCCGCAAAAGGCUCGUCAGGUCAAGGACUCGGUCUCAACAUCCCGGUCGCAGCGUCCUCGACAGUCCAGCCAGCUCAACAGCAACCGCCGCCCCUACAGCGAAAGGACUCGCAGCGUGUCAUCUGGCGAGGUCCGAUCUCGUGGGCGUUUUCAGACGCGUCGGGCGGGCCGAAGAAGACAGAGUUCACCGUCUUCACAAGUGCUGUCCCGAUGCAGCAGAGUGCCGUCAAGGAUCUCGCCGAGGUCAAGCUCCCGCAAAUCUUUCGCGUCUCGAACUUCAUGCAGAUCAAGAUCGCCGCGCUGCAAGAGCUCGCCAACAAGCACACCUUGCCGGCCAUCAGCAUGAUCCCUAUACCGAGCAGCAACAUGCCGCAGGACCUCCGGGACAAGCAGGCCGCAGCACCGGGCGGGCACAACAACGAGUCGCUGUACCGCAUGUUUGCUGAAUCGCUUGAGACGCGACAGAACUGUGGCAUCGUGCGCUUCUCGGGAACGCCGAACGGACUCGUCCUCGUCCCCGUACCCGGACAGAGCAAGCUCAUUGGCCUCGUGUUUGCCAAGAUACCUCUGCCGGAAGCAUGGUUCAAGCGCGACGAUUCUGCCUCGCAAGCUCGACAACAGCAGCAACAACAGCAGCAACCCAAACCUACGCCCGCUCCGCAACCUCCGCAGCAGAACACCUCGACCGGCAUGUUCUCCUCGCCCGUCGCCUUCAACCUCCAGCUCCCGACCAGCAUGCCCUCGCACUCUCAGCAGCCUGCUCCCUUCGCAACCUCGCAUGCGCCACCUCAGAUGUAUACACCCGCCCCGACGCAGCCGUUCAACCUCCACCAACCUCCGCCUGCGGACGUCCAGCGGCAGCCUCAAGCUCAGCCUCAGACGCCGCUGCCGCAGCAGCAGCAAAUACCUACCGGCGAGAUCGCAGGGAUGGGCUUUGCCGAGCUGCAGCAGUUACUCGGGCCUGAGCAAUUCGCCCAGAUCAUGAGCGGUCUCUAA